GACACAGGAACACGUUAUGGACUAAACAUUACAGGAAGACGUUUGUUUGAAAUAUUAUCGCGACAGUCCGACAUGUUCCUGCUCAGAGAACACAUCUGACGACGUCUGGUUCCGGUUCGCUCAGAGGUCGGUUUUCUCAAACUUUCCAGUUUCCAUGGCGCCACCUAAAAAGAAUGUGCUUCCUGAGCCUCUUCCAGAGGGAUUCAUACUGACAGACACUGAGAAAAAGAAAUGGAGGCUGGGGAAGAUCAUCGGUCAGGGCGGCUUUGGACUGAUUUAUCUUGCCUCCCGGGAUGUUGAAAGACCUGCCGCAGCGGACACUGACUUUGUCAUAAAACUGGAGUACCAGGAGAAUGGUCCCCUGUUCUUGGAGCUCAAGUUCUACCAAAGGGCAGCCAAAGCAGAGAGCAUGGAAAAAUGGAUGCGCAGCAGGAAAUUGGACUUCCUGGGUAUCCCGACCUACUGGGGAUCAGGACUGGCUGAACAUAAUAACCUCAGGUACCGCUUCAUGGCCAUGGACCGACUGGGCACUGACCUCCAGAAAGUCUGCGAUCGCAAUGCAGGUCGACUGAAAAAGGCCACCGUGCUCCAGCUUGGUCGAGGACUGGUGGAUGUACUGGAGUAUAUCCAUGAGAACGAGUACGUCCAUGCAGACAUUAAAGCUGCCAACCUCAUGCCGAGUUUCAGAGACCCUGAUAAGAUCUACCUUGCAGACUAUGGGUUGUCCUGCAGAUACUCACCUGAAGGAGUCCACAAAGAAUACAAGGAAAACCCCAAGAAGGGCCACAAUGGAACCAUUGAGUACACAAGCCUUGAUGCCCACAAUGGGACUGCCCCAUCUAGACGAGGUGACCUCCAGAUUUUGGGUUUUUGUCUUCUUCACUGGUUGUGUGGGUCUCUGCCCUGGGACAGCAUUCUCAAGAACGCAGCUCAGGUCCAGGAGGCUAAGACCAGACUGAUGGAUAAUCUGCCACACUCAGUCCAGCAGCUGUCAGUGAGCAGAGCCAGCACAGAUGAGGUGGCUGCAUUCCUCCUUUAUGUUAAAACUCUGGGCUACCAGGAUAAACCAGACUACCAGCAUGCCAAAGACCUGUUGGCCAGUGCUGUCAGGGGAAGACUUGACUUCUCCAUGCCUGAAGGUCCAGCAACGGCAUCAUCCACAAGGGUCGCAGAUCCUGGCACCAGGGAAAAGCAGAAAGCGGGACGAGCCAGAGGAGCCUCCAAAGCCAAGCCCGUGGUUACAGGGAUGGAUGAAGAGGAACAGGAGGGAAUGAAGUCCAAACCUGUGCCGGCUCAAUCCAGAAGAGGACGAGUCGUCUCUAAAACUCAGUCACAGAAGGACGAGGUUUUGCCUGCUGUCAGAAGAUCACUGAGGCCAAGGACUGAACCUGUAUACACUUAUAAAGAUGAUAGUGAAGAUGAGGAUGAGGAUGAAGAGGAGGAUGAAGAAGGUUCCAGACCCAGACCCAUUCCUGCAUGCUAUCUCCGAGGCCCCCCCAUAGGCCCCAGAACUCAGUCUAAAAAGAACACUGAACUCAGAAGGACCUCCAGGAAAGGAGACAGCCCGACUGUGACCUCGGCGAGACGGGAGCGAGGAGUCCACUCCCAAAUGAAACCACCCAUAUUCCCUGGCUGUGACAGUAAGAGCCAAACACACGGUGCCUGCAGGGGGGGGCGGGAUGACAGGCUGCACAGCCACCGAGCAGGAAGCAGCGAGCAGCAGCGGUGGGACAGUGAUCCCUGCUCCGAACACACUGACAGGCGUGGUGACUGGGGAACGUCCACUCUCACGGGCGCAGGAUGGGCAGCUGGUCCCACCCAGACGAUAGGCCCCGUCUGGUUUGUCUUUAUGGGCGUCUCCUUUUUCUUGGGUGCGUUUGUUUUUGCGGCUUGCCAAAGUGCAUUUAACCCCUUUUGAUGGAGAGCACGGGGGGUCUUUGCUUCCGUCUCCUCCUCAGACGGGAGACGGAGCCGACAGGAAGACUCUUCUCAGGACGACGGAGCCGACAUUUUCACAGUGAUAGGCUGCAACGGAAGGAGAAACUUCAGUUUAUAGUAUUCUGUUUAUUAGACAGCCUUUAUAACUACGAGUACUAUGAAGGAUGACUUUAUACGAAAUGAAAAAAGGAAAAUGGGCUCUUGAAUGUGAUUGGACUGUAGAUGAAGAGCAGGCAAACCCUCCCAAUCAUCUGCACAGAUCAAACUGUCUUUGACUUUGAAUCAGUGAUACGCUGCAUUCAGUAUCACAUACUUUGCUUCGCUCCUUUAUCCCAGAAGUAGCUGCGGUAGGAGUGACUGUGAAUGUGGCGGAUUGUUGUCAACACGCUCGUCUCCUUUCAGAGCGGAGAAGGCUAUGUGUUGUAUAGAGCGGCGCUAAUUGAGUGCGCUGAAUAUGUAUUGAGUGUGGAGUGAAGGCCUUUAUUACGCACACGUACCUUGCUGCAGUAAGGACACUCUCCAAAAACGGUGCUGAAGCUCUGCCGGCUGGAGGGCAGCGCUCGGAGCCACUGAGGGACGAGAGAAGACAAACAAACCAUCACCACCUUGAAUCGCGUGCGUCGGUGUCGUGUGAUAAUAUCCCUACUUUCAAUGUACACAUUCAAGAGUGUCUGCCACUCUGAAGAACUGUAAGGGCUUUCAGGUGGAACCUUGCAAUGUCCGCCUGUCACGUUCUUCUCAGCUUUUAACAAGAGAUCAUUGAAUACAUCAUAAAUAAGCAUAUUCAAGCAAAGUAAAUCCCUGCUCAGGCAGAUGGAUGGAGGACGGGGACAAGCUGACUACAAGCAUCAUCAGUCUCUUUACCUCUUGAGUGUGAAGCCAAAGGCCUUGUACGUGUUUGUGUGUGUGUGUGUGUGUGCUCUGACUCAGCCAGAGAUCAGAUGUCAGUAUCUGAUCUCCGGCCACAUCCACACGGCUGCGUUUUAGAUACUGUUACAUUCAAAACUGCCAUUUUACCGAGACGUCUUCAACAUCACAGGACUUUCUCGCUUGUGACUGUGACAUUAAAGAAAAAUGCAUGUUCCCAAUUUUAAA